ACGUCUUCAUACCAAAUAAAUAAUCAAUUUUUUAUUUCAAUGAUGUUUUUCCAAAUCCUAUUUAAUUAUUAAUUUUGUUCGGAGCGUUUCGUAUCAGACACGAUGUGGUUCUGAGUUGCUACGUCAGACACAUUAAAUCACGAGGCCAUUUUAGUGAACGUUACGUUGCGGAACGUGCCUGUACCGUGACGUAAAAUUGAUAUUUAAAAAAUUAAUAAAAUGGAUAAACAAAAACUUAUACAACUGGUUAGGGAGUAUCGUUGUUUAUAUGAUAAUAACGAUAAAUAUUAUUCUGAUUUAGACAAAAAAGAAAUUGCUUGGAGAGAAAUUGGACAAAAACUUCAUCAAACUGCUGAAUGUUGUAAACAAACCUGGAACUACAUUCGAGACGGUUAUCGAAGAAUUUUGAAAAAGCGGAAACGCUCGGGGGGAAGUAGCAAAAAAUGGAAGUUUGAAGAUGAAGUUUUUUUCUUGUUACCGUUUCUUAAGCAAAAAGAGAGAAAUAACCCGUCGAGUAGUAAUAAUACUAUUUCGGUGUUUGAUGAUAGUUGGAACGCAUCUGUGAUUUUAGAUGAUGAUAAUACUGGAGAUCAAGAAAGUGAUGAAGAAAAAGGACUCAAAUGUAUUAGUUCUUCAACGCUAAGAAUACCAAUAAAAAGAAAAUCGCAAUUAUCAGGACCAGCAUUGAUGAAUAUUUUACACGAAAAGAAAUCCAAAAAUGAAUCAUUGGAUGACGUUGAUUUAUUCUUUGCAAGUUUAGCUAAAACAGUCAAACAAUUUACACCAAUCAAUAGGGCGGUUGCAAAACAAAAAGUAUUUAAUUUAAUUUUUGAAAUAGAAAAAGAAGAAUUAGAAAAUAAAGAUUAAAAAAACUC